GCGUCCUCCGUCGGCCGUGCAUCCCGAGAUACUCUCUCCCUCUCCACACGGCCGGUUCCUCACAUCCUCACCUCCCCACUCAUCGUAUCCGAUUCCUCUCCCCCGCCGUACCCUUCGAUCGUUUCUUGUUCUCGUCCCUCUUCUUCCUGUUCUUGUCCUUCCUCGAUCCCCGCGACCUCGGUGCCCCUGCGUUCGGGGGAGCUCGUCCUUGCCGGUCACGCUUCUUGUGGCCUUCCGGGCUCCGUUCGGGGGUGGGGGCUUGAUCUCGGUCGGAGGUCCCCGGGCUUCGGUUUCUUGUUCAUGGUCAGCAGGUGGGUCGCGUUCGCUUCCACACAUGAUUCCCUGGGGCGGCCUGAGCUGUUGCCUGAGCGCGGCGGCUCUGUACGUGCUCGGCAGGAGCAGCGGAAGGGAUGCGGAGGCUUUGAAGUGUGUUUUUCGGGUGAACCAGUUGAAGGAAUUAGCACAGCUUUUGGAUACGGAAUGUAAGGUGUUACCUUUGGUUGUCACACUUUGUGGAAGAGUUGGCUCUGACACGCCAAUUAAUUGUGAAUAUAGUGGUCUACGGGGUGUGAUAGUGGAGGAGACGGCAGAGCAACACUUUCUGAAGCACAAUGAUGCUGGUUCUUGGAUUCAAGACUCUGCGUUGAUGCUAUCUAUGAGUAAAGAAGUUCCUUGGUACCUGGAUGAUGGUACUGGCCGUGCUUAUGUAUUGGGGGCCCGAGGAGCCUCAGGUUUUGAACUAAACAUUGCAAGUGAAGUGUUUGAAGAGUCUGGACGAUCUCUUGUACGAGGAACAUUAGAUUAUCUUCAGGGUCUCAAGAUGCUUGGGGUCAAGAGGAUUGAGCGCCUUCUUCCUGUUGGUUCCUCCUUGACUGUUGUUGGUGAGGCUGUCAAAGAUGAUAUUGGGACGGUGCGGAUCCAGAGACCACACAAGGGGCCCUUUUAUGUAUCUCCUAAAACUAUUGACCAGCUCAUUUCAAAUCUUGGCAAAUGGGCUAGGUGGUAUAGGUAUGCUUCCUAUGGGUUUACAGUGUUCGGCAUUUGUUUGAUUGCAAAACGAGCUAUCCAAUACAUCAUGGAGAGAAAGCGACGCUGGGAAUUGCAGCGAAGGGUUCUUGCAGCUGUUGCUAGGAGAUCAGAACAAGAUACUGAAGGCACAGAUGACAAGACCAAGAAUGCACCAGACAGUGCUAAGAGAGACCGUUCGAUGCCAGAUCUCUGUGUCAUAUGCCUUGAGCAGGAGUACAAUUCCGUCUUUGUCCCGUGUGGGCAUAUGUGUUGCUGUACAACAUGCUCAUUGCAGUUGACAAAUUGUCCACUUUGUCGGCGGCGGAUUGAGCAAGCUGUGAAGACCUUCCGCCAUUGAAUUAAUUGUAUUGCAGUUUGGAUCUGAUAAAUUCGGAUGCAGUCAAGGUUGGGAAGGCUAAAUUCCGUUCUGGCUGCAUUGCUUCUCAUCUUGCCAUGUAAAUUUUCAUACUACAGAAUUCUUGCAUUAUGCACGUGGUUAACAGGCCAACUUCUUGGAUGUCAUUAGCGACUCCCACAUAAUGUCUCUCAACAACAAGUCUAUCGGUAUACUCCACUAUUGUAAGUUCAAGGUCAGUUGUCGCUUGUCCUUGUAUAUUUGACACGGACCAGCAGGAAUUAUGCGGGUCUCUGUUGCUUCUACCAUUUUGGGAUCAUCUAUUCCAUUCUCUACAAUUUGCUUA